AACCCAAUUAAACUUAACAACUCAAACUCUUUCAUCUUCUCUGCAAAUUCAAGUUCAAACAAGAAAGUAACAAUGGCUUCAGAUGCAACUGCAACAACCAAGAAAGGUGGAAGGGGCAAACCCAUAACCACCAAGUCCGUUUCCAGAUCAAGCAAAGCCGGUCUCCAGUUCCCCGUCGGCCGCAUCGCUCGCUUCCUCAAAGCAGGUCGUUAUUCUCAGCGUGUUGGAUCUGGUUCCCCUGUUUACCUCUCUGCUGUUCUCGAAUACCUCUGCGCUGAGGUUUUGGAAUUGGCUGGUAAUGCUGCAAGGGAUAACAAGAAGACAAGGAUUGUACCAAGGCACCUUCAACUCGCUGUGAGGAACGAUGAAGAAUUGAGCAAAUUGUUGGGACAUGUGACUAUUGCUAAUGGUGGUGUUUUGCCUAACAUUCACCAGACUUUGUUGCCAAAGAAGGUUGCUGGAAAGAAGGGUGAAAUUGGAUCCGUUAGUCAGGAGUUUUAGGGUUUUUAUGUUGGAUCGUUAAAAUGUUAGAUUUAGUAGAUUCAGUUUUAUUGGUAUUUUGUUAUGCAAUCGUGUUCUUAUUUUUGAGAUUAGGUAGGAUUAAUGUUGGAUGAUGUAUAGAUCUUCAUUCUGAUAAUGAUAAUAUAAUAUUAGAUUUCUG